AUGCUUCUCGGCAAAUCCACCGUCGAAUAUGUGCUUAUAAAAGCAUUCGUAUACUUUUACAGCUACUUGGGCCUUCUUUGCCUGGCGUACUUCUACCUCGCGCUGUCGAUUGGCGGCGUCAGGGUGGUUGCGCAUCCCGUUUCUAUUGCGAUCGAAGUCCUCGGCGCCGUCGAGAUUCUGUUCUACUUCUGUUGGUUUCUACCGUAUCGCUCGUAUCUGUGGAAGCAGAAGGCGGCGUUUCCGCCGCCGCUGAAUAGGAGGCAGCGGCAGGAGCUUUGGAAUAGAUGUUUGGCGGUGACACCCGAUAUUGAGCUGUGCAUCAAGAAAUGGAUGUGCGGGGCUAGCUUGGAAGAUCUCAGGAGGGAGAAUAUGAAGGAGUGGUUACUGUGGGCGUUGUUCGAUAGGGAGGGUCCACCAGGAGAUGACGACGACGAGCUCGAAGAAUACGUCGAAGUAGUUGAAGAGAUGUUAGGGAAGAAUAUUAGGCCCGGAUGGGGACCGGCAGCCUGUCUGCGACUGAACUUCCGAACGUUUGCUGUCUCGCACCGAAGUCUAACUUACUACAUGAUCAUAGGUACCAUUGACUUCUGGGUAUCAAUGAUACUUCUUGUCUCAGGCUUCACCUUCUACCGCCAACCACGGAAUAAGUUUCUCAAAACGUUCCCAUUACGUCCUCUCACCGUCCUUGCACCCAAACAGUCCGCAGCCCCCAACUUCAGCUACUUCUACCGUCCACAUAAGUCCACCACGCACCGGCCCAUCGUCCUCAUUCACGGCCUCGGCAUCGGCCUCGCAGCCUACCUCCCCCUCCUCCUCAUGCUCCCAAAAGACAUUGGCAUCCUCGCCAUCGAAGUCCUCCCCAUCUCCUCGCGCAUCACAGAAGCGCUGCCCCUCCCCGCAGACCAAGUGCGCGAGAUCGGCGACAUAAUCGCGCAGCAGAACCUUGACUCGUUCGUCUUUAUAGGCCACUCCUACGGUACGUUUUUCGCGAAAGUGAUGCUGGAAACACCCUUUCUCGCCGCCCGCAUGGAGCGCAUGGUGCUCAUCGACCCGGUCGCCAUCCUCCUCCACAUCCCUGAUGUAGCCUACAAUUCUACGAGCAGGAAGCCCAAAGAUGCCAACGAAAUCGAGAUCGCGUGGGCGGCGACCGCGGAGCCGGAUAUCGCGUUCACGAUCGCGAAACGGUUUUGCUGGCGCAAGCACAUCCUCUGGCAGGAGGAACUACUUAGGUGUCCUACGACUGUCGUAGUAGGGAGCGACGAUUGUCUCAUAAACGCAGAAGCCAUCGCGGCAUAUGUUACAAAAGGCCCACCGCAGCCUGACCCUGCAUCCGUGGUAUCGAAGCCAGACCUGCAGUGGUCGUGGACAGACCGGAAGUCAUGGGAGACAAAUUUCUGGGGCGGGGAGGGGCUGGAGUUGUAUUGGUUGGCAGGGUACGACCACGGGCAGUCGUUCUUCUCGGCGCCUGUGCUGCGGAAUAUAGUCAAGCUGGUGGAGCAGUACUGCGGGCAGGACGGAGGUGUAGCGGUAGUUGAGAAAGAGCUACCCCAGCCACCGAACGAGGCACCGCCGUCGCCAGGACCCCAAGGCAUCGGGCUGGUCUCGAAGCUGAGAGGGAAGAGUGAAGGGGGCCACUCGAGAAAUGAUUCGGGGACAACUAAGUCAUUUUUUGAGCGCGACUGA